AUGGCAACUUCGAAAGUUUUGAGUAUUGUUUUCUUUGUGUUGUUGUGUUUAGGAGUAUGCUCUGCUGCUAGAACACUCAUUAGCAUUGGUUUGGGUCAUGAAAUUAGUGGAGGUUUCCAUGGUGACAUUGGUGUGAGCGGUGGUGAAGGUGGAGUACAUGCUGGUGUAGAUGGUCAUGGAGGAGGAGGAGGAGGAGCCGGUGGUAGUGAAAAUGGAGGAGAUGUUGUUGCUGGUGGUGGUGGAGGUGGAAGUGGCGGUGGUGGUGGUGCAGUUGAAGGUGGUGGGUAUGGUGGAGGUGCUGGCAAAGGAAGUGGGGAAGGUGCAGCACAUGGUGGUGGUUAUGCAGGUGGUGGAGGAAGUGGUAGUGGUGGUGGAGGUGGUGGUGCGACUGAAGGGGGUGGAUAUGGUGGAGGAGCAGGAAAAGGAGGUGGGGAAGGAAUUGGUGGAGGUGCAACACAUGGUGGUGGUUAUGCUGGUGGUGGAGGAGGUGGUAGUGGUGGAGGCGGAGGUGGGGGUGCAGCUGAAGGUGGUGGAUAUGGUGGAGGAGCUGGCAAAGGAGGCGGGGAAGGAUUUGGUGGAGGUGCAGCACAAGGUGGCGGUUAUGCUGGUGGUGGAGGAGGUGGAAGUGGUGGAGGUGGAGGUGGUGGUGCAGGAGGUGCUGGUGGUGGUUAUGGAGGAGGGGAAGGAGGCGGAGCAGGGGGUGGAUCAGGUGGAGAACAUGGAGGAGGAUACGGAGGUGGAGGUGGAAGUGGAGGUGGCGGAGGAGGGGGUGCUGGUGGGGCACAUGGUGGCGGAUAUGGUGGUGGAGAAGGAGCAGGUGGUGGAUAUGGGGGUGGAGCAGCAGGUGGUGGUGGGGCAGGUGGUGGCUCUGGUGGGGGAGGAGGUGGUGGAGGUGCACAUGGUGGAGGAUAUGGUGGUGGUGCCGGUGGUGGCGAAGGUGGUGGCCACGGUGGAUAUUAUCCUUGA